ACCGGUGUGACCCUCUAGGUCCUCAUAAUUAUAAAAGGUGAGCGCUUUCCUCCACUCAGGAUUACACCAGCGCGACAUCAAGCAUGUGGAUGGUCCUCCUUCUGUGUGGCACCUUGGGGGCGUUGGGGACGACGGAGGAAGGCCUACCCGAGGACGCCCGGCAGCUCCAGACCCUACACUGCCCGCCCUGCGAGCAGAUACACUGCUCCUCCAGGCGGACGCUGCGGCUCCAGUGCAAAGGCGGCGUGACGACUGGCGUCUGCGGCUGCUGCCCCGUGUGCGCCCGGACGGAGGGGGAGACCUGCGGGGGGAACUGGGACUAUCUGGGGAAGUGUGACGAGGGUCUGGUGUGUAUCCAUCAGGCGCCAGCGGCUGAUAAACCGGACGCAGAGAGGAGAGGGGUCUGCAAGGCAGUGAUUGAAACCCUCAAUCCAGAGAGCUGCAGCCCAGAAUGCACCAAGGAGUACUGCCAGGCCAACCCUUCUGCAAUCUGCUCCGCCAGGUUUGCUUCCCUGGACAAGAAGGCCUGCCAGGGCCCCUGCCAGCACACCUCCUGCUCCAGCUGCCUCACGCUGAGGCGACCUUCGUGCCCUCACAGCUGCGCUCCGUCCGAUCCCGCCUGCCUGCACCGCUUUGGGAGGUGUGUGCACAAUCACCUGAGAGCUCAUCCCGCCUGCAGCAGUGACACGCAGGUUAACAGCGAAGGGAGUUUAGUGUGUUUGGUGCCAGACUGUUUGCACCCAAACCCACGGCUGUAAAUCCACCGCCGGAGGAGGAUGA